CCAAAAUGAUUAAAGGUCUAUAAAACGACGCCGUCUCAGUUACUAUUGGGCUUCACAGUGAUCAAAGCCACUAACCAGAAUGAUUAAAGAGUUCAUUUAACAACUGAGCGUUAAUACAAUUAGGCCCAUUACGGCCCAAUUUACAUUUUAAUCUCUUUCACUGACGACCACUCUCCCUCUCUCGCAUAUCCCUGAAGAAUCCAAAAUCCUCACCAAUGGCGACUUCACUAGCUCGAUUCUCUCGUAGAGGAGUAGCCUCCAACCUGAUCCGUCGCUUCUUCGCUGCUGAAGCGGCACUCUCGAAGCAUACAGAAGCACCAAAGCCAAAACUAACGGUCUCACCGUCUCCGGAUCGUGCGAAAUGGGACUACAGAGGACAGAGACAGAUCAUUCCUUUAGGACAGUGGCUUCCUAAAGUAGCCGUUGAUGCCUACGUGGCACCAAACGUUGUAUUAGCCGGUCAGGUCACUGUCUGGGACGGUUCCUCCGUCUGGAACGGCGCCGUUUUGCGGGGUGAUCUUAACAAGAUCACUCUCGGGUUCUGCUCGAAUGUUCAGGAGCGGUGUGUUGUUCAUGCCGCGUGGUCUUCCCCGACAGGAUUACCAGCAGAGACAUUGAUCGAUCGGUACGUGACAGUGGGUGCAUACAGUCUUCUGAGAUCAUGUACCAUCGAACCAGAGUGCAUCAUCGGUCAACACUCAAUACUAAUGGAAGGUUCUCUAGUGGAGACCCGCUCAAUUCUUGAAGCUGGUUCGGUUGUGCCACCAGGAAGAAGGAUCCCAUCAGGUGAGCUAUGGGGAGGCAAUCCAGCAAGGUUCAUAAGAACGCUAACCAACGAAGAAACCUUAGAGAUCCCGAAACUCGCUGUAGCUAUUAACCAUUUAAGUGGAGAUUACUUCUCUGAAUUCUUGCCUUACUCUACUGUCUACUUAGAGGUAGAGAAGUUCAAGAAGUCCCUUGGAAUCACUGUUUAG